CCCAAAAAGGUGCCAAAUAAGCAAGCACUUUCUCAAGUUAGUAGAAAUUCUGAGAAUGCAUGAAUGUGUCCCGCUUUAUUUUCCCUGCAGAGCUCUUUCAGCUCAUGGAUAGGGUUUUUAGACACCAAAGCUGGUGGACAAAUUGAUAUUUUCAUACCAUGUAAAAUAUGUAUGUAUUUGAAAUAUGCAGUCUUAUGUCCACAAUGCAGGGGAGCAGUACAUUUCAAAAUGAGAUUUAUAUCGCUGUCAAAAUGUUAUCCCUACAUAAUGCUUUAAGUAGCAUACCGUCCUGAAAAAGCACAUAAAAGUAAAUUAUUCUGGUUAUAAAAUUAAUUUCAUUAUUCAUAAUGCCAUUACAGCUAAGGAUGACUGCAAUUUAAGUGUGAAAAUAGACAGGGGCAUUUUUUUUCAAUGUCCCAGGGCUCGCUACCAGUUCAAAGAUCAGACUGGCUGCUGGAUUGGCUAUGCAAUUCUCUCAAGAAAUUUGAGUCAGCACUAGAAUCUGCUCUGCAGUCCUCCGAAUAGCUGAUCAGAUGGAUACAGAGCUCCAGCUUACAGCAGUACAAUGCAGCUGAAAGGCACAAGCACAACUACCAGAAGAGCUGGAUAAAUGCUCAUUAGCUAAUAGCACCGUCUACAUAAGCUAUGUAUUGAUUCUGAAUGGGAAGACCAAGUGGUAAGCAUGGAUUGCCAAAUCAAGCCCUCACCAGGACUUUUGUUUCUUUUAUGCUCUGUACCAAACAUCAUCUGUCUCUGUCCCUUGAAGUGUUCCUGCAUUAUGAAAAACAGAAAUGUUGACUGUUCAGGCAGCAGUCUGACUGCAUUGCCACAUGGACUCCAGGACAAUAUCACACAUCUGAACUUGUCUUACAACCAGCUGUCCGAUAUAGACCAUCAAUUGACUAGGUUCACUAACCUGAGGUUUCUAGACCUUUCCCACAACUUGCUAAGCAACCUUCCUUCCCAUUUGCCAAGGUCUCUUUGGGAGCUGUAUGCUUCAAAUAACAGCAUCAAAGUGCUUUAUAAAUUGGACACUGCAUACCAGUGGAACCUAAAGGUGCUUGAUCUCUCCAAAAACAGCCUGCAGAGGACAGUGUUCAUUAACAAUACACUAAUUAGUCUGCAGCUCCUGAACCUAAGCUACAACCAGCUUUGGACUGUUCCAACCAAUAUGCCCAGUAAUAUACUAACAAUAGAUAUAUCCAACAAUUCCUUAAUACAGAUAUUGCCAGAAACAUUGGUGCGAAUGCCCAAGCUUCAGAAUCUGUACCUGCACAACAACAGAUUCACCUACAUACCAGCCCAUGCUUUUGACCACCUGACACAAGUAAUAGAGAUCACCCUGUACAACAACCCAUGGUCAUGCCAAGACACACAAGCUAUGAACUAUAUUAUGACGUGGGUAGAAGAAAACAAUAAUGUAAUAGGUUCUCCAUGUGCCAAUGAAAGAUAUAAAAUUACCAAGCAAUUUUCAACUGAAUACAAAGCACAAAAUGAAGUCACUACUGCCGACAUUCCAUUGUUUACUACAAAUCAUUCGCUUUUCUUAGAAGUGCAAGAACCCAAGCAGUACAAAAAGAUACGAUACCCAGAGGAUUUAACUGCAGCCCCAGUUAACACAAGCAGCAUUCUACAUGCAAGCUCCGAGGACUCUCUAAUGAUAGAUGAAAACUCUGCAGAUGGAAUGAUUCAUUUAGAUUUUAAUUAUUUUGGGAAUGAAAUAGACAAUCAAAUCAAUUCGGAUGAAAUAGAGGAGACUAAAAUGUAUGAUUCCACAGUUAUUGUGAGCUUUGAUAAUGUAAUAAAUAACAAUUUAACCCUGCCAAGCACAACUGUGCCUGUAGAGAUACAAGCCACCACAGUACAAUUGAAUGAUCUUGCUCCCUCCUCAGCAGCACAGAAAGAGAAGUGGCUUGCAGUUUUGUUUUUGAUACUUUUCCUAGUUAUAAGAACUGUGUAAAGGCAUGUUACAAAUGAGGAACUGGGAACCAUUUAACAGCUUUCUAAUGAGCCUGACAAAGUUUGCAAUUCUGUCUCCAAUUCUGCCAAGGAAUAAAGAUUUACAAACCAGCACUGCUAUAAUAAAAAUUGAAUGUGAACCAUUAAAUAUCUCUGUACUAAUGCAUAAACGUUUAAUCCAUACAUGUAAUGCAUAUUCAUACAAUAAAUGUUUGAAACAUU